AUGGAGCGCCUUUUUUUCCCCAUCUCUCUCUGGUCCCGUGAGUGUAUCCUCUCUACUUCACUCACCCACUCUCACUUGCGCUCUGCGACACUACUCAACGAGGUAAGACGCACAAAAAGGAUUGUUGGCAUGAAGUCUGUGAAGGAGCGCGAUGUUGCCGGGAUGGCGGCAUUUGAGCUGGCCCUGCAGUACAGCUUCAUCCGGCAAGAUCGCUCCUACCACUUUGUGCAGCUGCUUACGGCGCUGUGCUCCUUCGUGUUCUUCUCACAGCUGACGGCUCUCAACGUGCUUCUCGUUCUUCCACCGCUGGUGCCGUCAGUGGAGCCGUAUGUGGAAUUUCUGCGCGCUUACAGUCAUCCGCUCUUGGCGGUACUUUCUCUGGUGGCGCUGCUGCUGAUCCGGGCCAGCAAGAAGCGCUUCGUCAUCGAGCCCGGAGAGCACACGAUGGAACGCCUCAACCGCGACGUUCUGGAACCGUGCCUCGGCAUGAAGUUCGAUACGCGCACAGGAAUGCUGUUCUCCGACUGCCGCGCCGGCAGUCUGCGCGGGCGGGAGAACUACUAUUCCCUUCGCUACCUCGAUGACCCACCGCAGCCCCUAGCUUCCGCGACAGAGAUGGAAGCUUGA